AUGAAAAAUAUUUUUUUAUUUCAAUUCAUGAACGGGGUGGAGACACCCCACCCAGACCAAGGUGGAGACACCCCACCCAGACCAAGGUGGAGACACCCCACCCAGACCAAGGUGGAGACACCCCACCCAGACCAAGGUGGAGACACCCCACCCAGACCAAGGUGGAGACACCCCACCCAGACCAAGGUGGAGACACCCCACCCAGACCAAGGUGGAGAAACCCCACCCAGACCAAGGUGGAGAAACCCCACCCAGACCAAGGUGGAGAAACCCCACCCAGACCAAGGUGGAGAAACCCCACCCAGACCAAGGUGGAGACACCCCACCCAGACCAAGGUGGAGACACCCCACCCAGACCAAGGUGGAGAAACCCCACCCAGACCAAGGUGGAGAAACCCCACCCAGACCAAGGUGGAGACACCCCACCCAGACCAAGGUGGAGAAACCCCACCCAGACCAAGGUGGAGACACCCCACCCAGGCCAAGGUGGAGACACCCCACCCAGACCAAGGUAAAGAGCGGGGUGGAGACACCCCACCCAGACCAAGGUGGAGACACCCCACCCAGACCAAGGUGGAGAAACCCCACCCAGACCAAGGUGGAGAAACCCCACCCAGACCAAGGUGGAGACACCCCACCCAGGCCAAGGUGGAGACACCCCACCCAGACCAAGGUAAAGAGCGGGGCAGAGGUUAAAGUAAAGCAAACAAUAGAAUUCAGCCUUCAUCUUUUUCAGUACAGAAUCACAAUCACAAAGCUUC